AUGGGACGGCAGUGGCGCCACCAGCCCAUUGCGUGCCAGUCUUGCCGUCGCCGCAAGAUACGCUGUUCUCGAAAGUUCCCAUGCUCCAACUGCACCUCUCGAGGCAUUUCCUGUCUUCAGUUUUACGCGCCAGAAUCCCAUGCUGAGCACUCUCCUGUGACGGGGCCUGGUCCUGGUCCUCUUGCCCUACCAGAGCUUCCGCAGCAGCAGCAGCAGCAGCAGCAGCAGCAGCAGCAGCCGCGGCGGCAAGAUCACAACCACGAUGCAAAGGCGCAUCAGCAACGCAGAGCUAGCGAGCAAGACUCUCCCCCUCUUCCAGGCGCAGAUAUUCAAGCUCGGCUUGCUAGGCUGGAGCAAUGCGUUUCCCUGCUCGGCGUGUCGGAGCAGCCCCGCGGCGAAGCCAGAGUUGCCUGCGUUCCCUCGCCCAACGACGGUGAACCGUCAGCUGCUCCGGCGUUACCAUCCGCCGUGCAGCACCUCUCGGAGGAUGCCCUCCAACUGGGAAGCCGAUGCAUUCAUCUAAACCCCUCGACGAGAUCAUCGCAAGCAUCUCUCUUUUCUGAUGUUGGCGUUGUAUACCACUUGUCCCCCAUCAGAGCGAUUAGAAAGCCUUGCUGCAUCUUGCAAGACGCGGGAUGGGCUGGUGGAGGAGGAUCCCCCCAGAUAUGCUUCGUGCUGCCGUUUUACCACGAGGCAUGCCUCAUCCUGCAGACGUUCGUGGCCGACUGCGCCACUUCGUGCUUCAGGGCUCCUGUCCCGUCACUGCUGCUCUCGAUACAAGGCAUCUACGCAAGCAUACAGCAGCAGAUUCGGGUGAACACGGAGGACUUGCUCCUGCUCAUGGCCAUGACUGCCGCCGUGACAUAUGUCUGCUCCGCCGAUGACAGUGUUUGCACCCUGUACUCGAACCACUCGGAGGCCAACGCCCAUUGCAGCACGUGGGUAGAGGCCGGCUUUGCGCUCUCCGACGAACUGAAACGCGGCGGCCAGACGGGCAUUGUGUGUCUCCAAGGCCACAGGGUGCUGUUGAUGGUUUCCUGCUACCUGGAAGGAAUGUCUCUGCGGAAUCGCAGCCUGCUCACGACCUCGAUCGCAAUGGCUCGUGCCAUGGGCCUUCACCGCGUAGACUUGCCAGGACAAGACCAUACUUUACGACCAGCAAUGGACCUUGAGACCGCACGUCGAAUAUGGUGGGACCUUGUAGUAAUCGACUGGCUGCUUUCCGUCUUUCCCGGCUCCCAUGAGCAAGUGUACACCAUCCAGCCAAAUCACAUGGCCGUCAAUAAGCCCAGCGUUGUCGGUGUCGUUCACGAGAUCGAUGCAAAGCAAGCCGCGUCUCCCACCACCCCAUUUCAGCUGCAGCAGUACCAGGAGCUUGCCACCGACGUGGCCUACUUCCGGGCUCGCAUCCACCUCGCCGAACUCGCCCGGGAAUACACCGACAGCUCCCCCAUAUCCGCCGCCAGGACAAAGAACGACACGUAUCAACACCUGCUGGACUACGAGGCCAAGCUGGACGCGUAUCAGGAAAGCCUGCCGCAAGUCUUCCAGCCGUGCGCGCGCAGCAACUACGCGCCGAGGCCCAAGACGCAACAGCUCGUCCUGCAACGCACACAGCUCAACUGCGUCAUCUACAUUACGAAAUGCAUCCUGCACCUCCAGUACAUGGCCCUCCACAACGCCGACCCCAGAUACGCGCCUUCCCGCAAGACGUGCUCCGACUGCGCGCGCGACAUUAUCCGCAUGCACAGGAACUACCGGACACACUGCCCCUGGAUCAUCCCGAAACUCAAGACGACCACGUUCCUCCGAGCCCUCAUCCUCGCCAACGCAGUCUUCCUGCUCGACCUCUGCUCGGGACCCGCCACCGCGAGUCUGGAAAAGGAUCGGCCCGACGGCCUCGAGGGAUGGAAGCUGCUCGGCCUCAUGUGGGGCGACUCCAACCUGGUGGACCAGUUCCUCGAGUUUGCCACGCACAUGCUCGCCAAGUACGGCGUUUGCCCGUCCACCAUGGCGGAGCUGACCGAGGCCUUGCCCGCCGAGGUGAGGUGGAGGCACCUAGCCAACGGGAGCGCGUAUGAGUCGCCCGCGGCGGUGCCGCCCCCAGGCGAAGCGGGUCUGCUGCUGCCCGUGGCGGCGCCCACGGAGACGGACCAGAAGUGGCAGAUGCUCGGGGCGGACUUUGACCCGAGGACCAUAAGUUGGGAUAACGUGCUGUGGGGGUUCGACGCGUUUAUGUGA